AUGAUAUGGUCAAUAAGCGAAUUAAAAAUAGAGCAACAUCAAGAGAUUGCUUUACUUCGUCAAGAAACUGCCGAUCUUCAUAAACAACUCACUUCAGCUCGCAUACGAAUUGCUACACUCGAGGAAAGAGCCAUUCAUAGGGAUGCCCGCAACGACGAACUACAAAAUACACUAAAUGGGCGUGAUGGGCGUGAUGAGAAAGUAAAGGAUCUAAUGGAUGAACGCAACAGGGGCCAAUUGCCACGCAGCGAGGAAAGAUAUGGAUAUCAAAUCCAGGCUCGGAGCUAUCUUGGUCCUAUUAGCAAUUGUUUUGUCGUGAAAAUACUAGAUGCCCUUGAUUGA